UUAUUUAUUUAUUUUGACAAAGUGAGUGCCUUCACUGGUCAUUUGUGUCUUGGGCCAUUAUCACAGUUCUCAGUUCUCACUACUCCGGCCGAUACACCAGUUAUACUCCACCUGUUUCGAACCGAACUCCAGUUUCUUGGUGAAGGAAUGGGUUGCCAAACACCCAUGAGCAGUGAGCGUUUAAGAGCAUAUUGGACUCCAGCAAUGGAACGCUACUUUAUUGAUCUUAUGUUAGAUCAUAUGCAUAGGGGUAACAGAGUUGGACAUACUUUCAACAAACAAGCAUGGGCUGAUAUGCUUAGCAUGUUCAGUGCAAAAUUUGGAACUCAGCAUGAUAAAGAUAUUUUGAAGAAUCGUUACAGUACUUUGUGGAAACAAUUUAAUGAUGUCAAGAAUCUUCUUGACCAGAGUGGGUUUUUGUGGGAUGAUACUCAGCAAAUGGUAGUAGCUGAGGAUUAUGUUUGGGAUACUAUACUAAGGCCCAUUCAGAUGCACAAUAUUACAGGAAUAAACCUCUUAUGAACUUCAGUGAUUUGUGCUUGAUAUAUGCGUAUGCAACUGCAGAUGGAAGAUACAGUCGUUCAAGUCAUGAUAUAGACUUUGAUGAUGAAAUCCA